AUGAAAAUUCCAGACAAAGUAUUUGACAAAGUUAAUUCCGACUACACUGGACCUUUUCCAAGCGGACAGAAUAUAUUUGUCCUAAUUGAUAAAAAAUCACGUUUCCCAGAAAUCAAAUUUACUAACUCUACCUCAGCAAAAACCUUUAUUUCUAUCAUGCACAGAAUCACAAGCACUUAUGAAAUACCGAAAGAGUUAAAAUCCGACAAUGGAUUUCAAUCGCACGAAUUAAAACAUUACAUGCAACAGACCGGAAGACAAUAUAGGCGAAUCACACCAUUACAUCCACAGGCUAAUGGAUAUGCAGAAAAAGAUUGGAAAAUAGAAGUGUACAAAUUCUUAUUUAACUAUCUUAACACGCCACAUACAACAAAUAGAAUUGCGCCAGCAGAAGCGAAAGAGGAAGCGAAAGAAUAUUAUGAUAAGAAGAACAAUGCAAUGGAAAAUAACAUCGACGGAUCAGAUUUAGUCAUCGUACAUCAACCAAAAAGAAACAAAACAACAUCAAAGUUUCGAGCAGAACCACGAAUAGUAAUCACCGCGAAAUCACAAAACAACGAUAAAUGA